AUGGCAGGGGUUGCCGAGGGGAGUAGCGCUCAAAGAGAAGUUGAGCCACAUGAGGUGCAGAACGAAGUACUCACUGCUGUAAUGCACGGCAACUGGGAAAAAGUUUUGGAAAUCUGCAAGACAAAUCCAUCUAUCUCGAUCAAGAUCAACGGGGUUGGGGAAACCAUUCUGCACGUUGCCAUCCAUGUGGGCAAUCAAUAUGGCGUCAUCCAGCUCAUGGAUCACAUGGAGAAGCUGGACAAAGGAAAAAUGGAGAAGAUCCUGCAGACGGGGAAUCAUUGGGGUAACACGCCGCUCCACCAAGCUGCAUUCAUGGGGAUGGAUAAGGUGUGCUCGUUCAUUGCCAGGCACUACUGCACCAAGAAGGUGGUGUGCUGCCGCAACAAGAUGGGUGAGACACCACUGCACGUGGCAGUGCUCCACGGCUGGAAGCGUGCCUUCUUCGCGCUUCAGAUGGUCAUGGAAGCAAAAGGCUGGAGAGCCGAGGAUUAUUGGAACACUGAUGGUGACACCAUCCUCCAUAGUGCUGUUGCUAGAGGACAUUUUGGUGAGUAA